CGCUCCUUUUUUAACAUAUCUUCGUGUUCUUCUCACUUUUGCAAUUUAUAAAUAUUUCAAGCUUAUUUCCAUGGAAGAUUUUAAUGAAAAAAAUGUUGCAAUGACAAUAAAGAUGACUAAAUUAAAUGUUAACGCUAAGCCAUUUGUUCCAACAUAUGCUGGAAAACCUAUUCUAGAGAAUAAUAUUGAAAAUGCGCCUGAUGAUUGGGAAAGUAUGGACCAAGAUAAAAAUAUUAUCAGAAGUGUGCUUAAAGAAGACAAUGGAGCUGGUGGGGGUGGAGUGAAUCUGAUAAAUCAUUUUGAAGAGGAUAUGGCAGAUAUUAAAAUUAAUUCAAAUGUAGCUUCUGUCAAUAAUGAUAAUCAUUCUGAUGGAGAUUAUAUAGAAUCACAUGUAAAUCUUGCAGCAGAUGAACUAAAUGAUUUUAAAAAACCUCUCAAGAGCAAUUUACAUGAUGAAAUUUAUAAAGAAAAUGUAAACAUUGUAUUUAUAGGACAUGUUGAUGCAGGAAAGUCAACUAUCGGGGGACAAUUGAUGAAUUUGACUGGAGCAAUUGAUAAAAGAACACUGGAAAAAUAUGAGAGGGAGGCUAAGGAAAAAAGCAGAGAGAAUUGGUAUCUCUCAUGGGCUCUUGACACGAAUCAAGAAGAGCGGGACAAGGGUAAGACUGUAGAAGUAGGGCGGGCGUAUUUUGAGACCCCUACUAAAAAAUUUGUUAUUUUAGAUGCUCCAGGCCACAAGUGUUAUGUACCAAACAUGAUCAGUGGAACUACUCAAGCCGAUAUUGCAGUGCUGGUAAUAUCGGCUCGCAAAGGUGAAUUUGAAACGGGUUUCGAAAAGGGAGGUCAGACUCAAGAACACGCUAUGUUGGCUAAAACUAUAGGAGUUCGACAUUUGAUUGUGUUGAUAAACAAGAUGGACGACCCUACCGUUAAAUGGGAUCAUGAACGUUAUAAAGAAUGCAAAGAAAAGCUGCUUCCUUUCCUCAAAAAGGUUGGCUUCAACCCGAAAACAGACCUUCAUUUUAUGCCAGUUUCUGGAUUGCAGGGAACAUUUUUGAAAUAUUUACCCGAUAAAAGUUGCCCAGCUCUAGCAUGGUACAGUGGACCAUCCUUUUUGGACUACCUCGAAACCUUCCCUCCUUUCCAAAGAAUGUUCGACGGCCCUCUCAGGAUUCCUAUUAUAGAUAGAUAUAGGGAUAUGGGUACUUUGGUUUUGGGAAAGAUUGAAUCAGGAACUGUUUACAAGGGACAAACUAUCUAUUUGAUGCCUAAUAAAAAUCUGGUCGAGGUUCUUCAGAUGUGGUCAGAUGAAGUAGAAAUUAAGAAAGCUGUCAAUGGCGAAAAUAUUAAACUCAAGCUUAAAGGAGUUGAGGAAGAAGAUGUUUGCCCAGGUUUUGUGCUAUGCGACAUUUUACAUCCUUGCAGAACAGGCAAAUUAUUCGAUGUUCAGAUUGUAAUAUUGGAGCUUAAAAGCAUCAUAUGCCCAGGAUUUUCUGCAAUUUUACAUGUUCACACUCUUAUUGAAGAGGUCACUGUUAAGAUUUUGAUUUGUCUGAUAGACAAAAAGACUGGCCAAAAGGGAGCAAUAAGACCACGCUUUGUAAAGCAAGACCAAGCAGCUAUAAUUAGACUUGAGAGUAUAGGAACAAUAUGCUUGGAAACUUUUAAAGACUUCCCAAGGAUGGGAAGAAUCACGCUUAGGGAUGAAGGAAAAACUAUAGCUAUAGGGAAAAUCUUAAAAAUUUUAGAAUAGCGUUUGUGGUGAUGCCCCUUUCACGGGUGCGUUGGAUAUAAAAAAAAUUGGUGCAUUUAUGAAAAAGGAAGAAAAUUUUAUAAAACAGCAAAUUAUUUAACCAAACCGCAACUUAAAACAAUAAUUCCUAAAUAUAGACUAAACAUAACAUUUAUUCAAAUCGCUAAAUUUGAAUAAGCCCCAUUCCUUUCCAUUAAACCUCAGGGCGACGAAAAUUUCAAGAUUUUGUUGUAAAGACCUUCAUUUAUAUGAAUAAAAUUGCAAAGCAGAUUAUUUAGGAAAAUAUACCAAAGUUAACACCAGCGAAUAAGAUAGCACACAAGGUUACUUCUCACGAAUGUUGUAAACACAUGUCUUUACCUGAUUAGAUAGAACGAACCAAAUAAUCUUAAAAUGAAUGCGAUUUAACAGGUUAUUAAAACAUUUUGGGGAAAAAAAUCGAAAUUAUAUUGUCAAAGAUUACCAUACUCACCACACCCCUUUAAAAUGAUGAUUCUUCCUUUUUUUAUCGAUGGCCAAUUUUUUUUAAAAUAAAUUUCUUAACACUAAGCCAUUGCUAUGGCUUAAUUGGAUUACUUUUUAAAAUUAUUGAUAUAUAUUUAUUUUGUAAAUUAUAAAUAAGUUUUUUAUUAUAUAAAACAUAGUGCGCUUGCUUUUAGAUCUUUUUUUAAAACCUAAUUAUAAUUUGUAUUCAUAUAUUAAAAGGUAAUAUACUAAAUUAAAUUAUCAAUAUAAACGAAUAAA